AUGUCGUCGCCAACUGGACGCAAGAGGGUUGUUGUUCUGGGUGCAGGUGUGGUGGGCUUGACUACCGCCGUUAAAAUCCAAGAGAAGGGGGAAUACAACGUCACAAUCAUAGCGGAGACCUUCCCUACCGAUCCCAAGACGAUUAUGUAUACCAGUCUUUGGGCCGGCGCGCACCAUGUCAGUCACGCUGCGAACGAUGCGAAGCAGAUGGCUAUCGACCGAGAGACAUUCAACGUGAUGUGGAAACUGUCCGAGCCUGGAGGGGCCGCAGAACAUUGCUUCCUCCGGGUGGCACAGACAGACUAUCUCCUUGACGGCAGGGAUGAAUGCCUCGACUGGAUGCCGGACUUCAAAACGCUCCCACAGGAUGCCCUUGUACCCGGCACGUCCGCGGGCACAUCAUUUACCACCGUCAACAUCGACACCCCCGUCUACCUUCCAUACCUCCUCGCUCGAUUCCUUUCUCGCGGCGGUUCGAUCGUCCGCGGAUCAGUCCAGCACAUUUCGCAGGUCAUCGAGGGCGGCCCAGGUCUCUUCCGCCGCGGGCGCGCAGAUCCCGAGCCUGUUCAUGCCCUCGUCAUCUGCCCUGGGCUGGGCGCACGCACGCUGGGGGGCGUCGAAGACAAGAACGUGUAUCCCGUGCGUGGACAGGUUGUCAUCAUCCGCGCUCCAUGGAUCAAGUCCGGGAGGACGGUGAGCCAUCUGGAGCAGGGAUUAUGGACCUAUAUCAUUCCACGGCGGAGCGGAGACGUUAUUUUGGGAGGCACGAAACAAGACAAUGACUGGUAUCCGGCGGCGCGUCCCGAGACGACUACUGACAUCCUUGAGCGCUGCCUUGCCCUAUGUCCUGAGAUCGUCCCCCCAGCCAUUCGUGCAGAACGUCAAGGCACAAUUGAAGAUGUGCGUGCGCUGAUUGUGGAGGAAGGUUGCGGCUUCCGUCCUCAGAGGAAGGGCGGGAUCAGGCUGGAUGUCGAUUGGGUCCCUGGACGUGUAGGACAGGGCAGCGUGCCUAUGGUGUUCAACUACGGGCAUGGAGGUGGCGGAUAUCAAUCUUCGUGGGGUAGUGCUUCAAUAGCGCUGGAGCUGCUCGAGAAGGCGCUCGCCUCACCGGCCUCUAAAUCAUAA